GGUUGAAACUGUGCCAAAUUUUGUGACGAAAUGAUCAGUUGGUGAAGUGUUUAGUGUGAGGAACUUGUGAAGUUGUUAAAGAGACGGACACACACUCAUACACACACACACACACACACACACAGACUCUUGCAUGCGCUGAAGCCUGGUGUUACAAAGCAAGAAGAGAGGCCAGCAAGCAAGCAAGCCAACCAGCAAGAAAGCCACACAUAAGACACUCACACACAGUUGCUCUCUAUCUUUAUCAAUUCAGUGGCGUCAGGAACACCCACUGUGUCAGCAAGUUAAUUUACUCUGUGUGUCAGCCAACACAGCGCCACGCACGUCGUCAGUUUCAACCCCAUAGUGGACGCAGAGGGUGGGAGUGUGGUGCAGGUGCGGAGUGUGUGUGCGCGCGCGUGAGGGACGUCGUCCCGUCUCCUGCUGUGUUUGCUUGUGCGUUUAUCGCAGGUGCUUUUGCGUGUGCGUUUCCCGUGGUGCUCGCCAGGUGUGUUUUUCCGUGUGCGUGUCUCGCGGUGUGUGAUAUUUGCGUGUGCGUUAACCCGCGGUACUCGCCAAGUGUGUUUGCGUCAGCACUGUUGGCCCCAUGUGCACCUCAACUGCUGUCUCCCUCCCACUCUCUGAGCUCGCCCUCGCCUCCCUCCUCCCCUCAGCACACCAGGUGUGGAGUGAGAGCCAGUGACGCGUUAAGUGCCAGCAGAGAGCCAGGGAGUUUGGCCCUCGCCCUCCUUCUUCCUAGCUCUCGUGAACACCACCGGCGAGGAGAAGGCUCAGUGAGGCGCUGCUACAGGGGCGUCGGCCACAGCAACAGCAGUUGCAUCACCUACAGGAGGAACAGCGGCAGGAGGAGCAGCAGCAGCAGGACCAGUAUCAGCAGGAGGAGGAGCGGGAGCAGGUGGUGAGGCAGGUGUUGGGGGAUGGUGGCGGCCGUGGGCAGAUAGCCGCGUGACAGCCACCGUGGCCGUGGCUGGGUGCGGGGCGGCCGAUGGCUUCUCUACCUACGUGCUAGUGUACCUGGUAGGCCGCUCUCUCCUCACGCCCCUCGCCGCCCUCCUAAGCGCCGCCUCUCAACAAGCCUCUACCAUGAUCAGCACAUUGGUGACGUCCCCGGGGGAGCGGGGCGGGGCGGGGUGCGACAAGACCGCUCGCGCCCUGUGCCGGGUGGGUCAGGCCGUGAACGUGGCUGUGGACCGCUUCGUCACCGUGGGGGAGACCAUCGCCGAUGACAACCCGGAGAUCAAGGCGGACAUGUACGAGGCCUGCAAGGAGGCCAGGGCUGCAGGUCUGGCUAUUGAGAAGUUGUGUGAGACAGCGGAGGCCAACCUGGUGGAGCCGGUGGGCGGGGGGGGCGUGGGCGGGUAUCGGCCAGAGUACCGCGCCUCUAUGAUCCGUGCCGCCCGCUGUCUACUCUCCUCCGUCACCCGGGUCCUCCUGUUGGCCGAUACCGUGGUGGUGAAACAGCUCCUACUGGCCAAAGAUAAAGUGACCCACAGCCUGUCGCGGUUAGAGAGCGUCACCAACUUUACUGAAUUUGUGAAGGCGUUCAGUCACUUCGGGGCCGAGAUGGUGGAGUUGGCGCACCUCACCGGCGACCGCACAGCUGACAUGAAGGACGAGCGUAGACGAGCGCAGAUGGCGGCAGCGCGGCAGGUCCUCGACAGAUCCACCAUGAUGCUCCUCACAGCCUCCAAGGUGUGUCUUCGUCACCCAGAGUGCCUCACCUCGCGGGAGAACAGAGAUACAGUGUUCUGCCAGAUGCGUCGAGCCAUGGACCUCAUACACUACGUGGUCAAGGACGGCGUGCUCGACUCAGUUAACGCCCAGGGAGAGGUCAGAGUCAACGGCCAGAGCCCUGCAGAUUCCCCGGGCUCCCUUAUUAAGCGCCAGGAUGACUGGGACAACAACCACACUAUGUAUGGCGCCAUCCGACACCUCGAGGACUCGGUAGAGAUGACCCGUAUGACCCUGUGUGGGCCAGCCGUCAGGGACCGUCUAUGUCAGGCGGUGGACACUAUCUGUGAGAGGAUGCAGGACUUUACGGACUCAGCCUACACCACCCACGAACACAGAGAGAACAUCCUACUGCUCACGGACAGGAUACGGCUACAACUCAACCAAUUGCUACGGGUGGGAGUAAAUCUGGAGCAGAAAGAGCCGCCAUCCCCUGGGGACGAGCUGGAGACGGCCAUCAACACAGUGUUGGCCGCCACCAGGGAGAUGAGACACCAACUGCAGACCACUGCCCUAGUACAGGCGGAGGAGCUGGUCCGAGGUGCAUGUGAGGAGAGUGAACUAAUCAGUGCCCUGAAGAAUGCUGGGUUGGCCACAGACCAAGAGAGACUGGACGAAUACGCAGACCGCUUCCUCGAACACAUAGAGCACAUCCAGGAGGUAUGUAAGUUGUUAAGGCACAUAGCCACAACAGACUCCCUCCAGGUAGCUGCCAAGUACGGGGAGAUCAACCUACGGAUCUACGGCCCCCAGGUGGUGACGGCAGCUCAGACACUUUGUUUAUAUCCAACUUCCAAGAUUGCUAAAGAAAAUGUUGAAGUAUUUGCCGACAUGUGGCUAAAUUUGGUGGGCGACGUCAAGAGCCUGACCAAGGACAUAGGGGACCAGAUCACGGCGGAGAACAAACCACCAGAGAAGCAGGUGUACAUGUCCCUGCCACGCCCGGGGGUUCAACAGGCUGAAACUGGUUAUCUGACUUCCCCUCAGAAACAUGGAACUACAAGUAAGCCGCCAAAACCUACCAAGCUGGACCAAGAGGAGCAGGCUAAGUUAGCCAAGUCUGGCCUGGAUAUGAAGCUUAUAUCUUCAGAAGUGGACCAAGAAACUGAAAAGUGGGAGGAACGCAUAACUCAAGACGAAGAUAAUGACAUAGUAAAGCGUGCCAAAAAUAUGUCCUCUAUGGCCUUCUCUAUGUACCAGUUUACAAGAGGUGAGGGGGCACUUAAGACCACACAAGAUCUUUUCACACAAGGAGAAUAUUUUGCUGAAGAGGCAAACAGACUAUACAAGGUCGUCCGACAAUUCUCAUACCAGGUUCCAGCAGGACCACACAAAAAGGAACUAAUGGAGCACUUGGACCAAAUACCAACCUAUGUUCAGCAGUUACAGUUUACUGUUAAGAAUCCAACAGUAGGAAAGGCUGCAACCUUCACCAAAGUGGAUACUGUCAUUCAGGAAACUAAAAACUUAAUGAAUGUCAUAUCAAAGGUGGUCACAACAUGUUUCGUCUGCGCUACAAAGUAUGAGCUGCGUCUCCCUGAGCGACUGGAACUCCCUACAUUGGAUGAAGUUCGGGCAUCAAGUCAGGGCAACACUAUUGGCCAGGUACCUUCAAUGCCACAACCUCUGGUGUUACCUUUUUCACCAAUACAUCCUACUCUAAUGUCGACCCUUCCACCUCCACAACCUUCUGUGAUGUCAGCUACUGCUGCACAUAUACAUCCUCAAUCACCACUUUCACCCUCACAACACCUAACACAGCUCUCAACUACUGCACCAUCAUAUCAUCACCAGUUGUCUCCAAUCCCAGCACUUCAUCAACAUAUUACCCAACCCACACCAUAUCCAUUAGUGUCAUCACUGUCUCCUCUUUCCCCAACAGUCACUCCAAACUCCUCUGACUGGUUGAAAUAUUAUACUCUGCCCUCCUCCUCACCAUAUACCUCCCCAACACUCCAGUACCUGAACCUCCAUCACUCGGCUCUACAGCAGCAACAGUCCCCUGUACAACCAUCAGUUCCUCUCAAUUAUGCAGAGCCAAACAAUCCUGUCUUCAACCAUUGGGACUCCUCAUAUCCUGUUUCCAACUUGAAAAAUGUUAGUAGUAAUAGUCAAAAUUAUUUUCAAGACCAAAACACUCUUAACAGACUACAACUUAGUAAACAUUUAAAUGCUUUGAGAUUUCAUAGUCAGUAUCCUUUAUUAAAUAUAGCUUCAGUACAAAAUCAGAAUUUGUAUGAAUAGAAAAUAACACACAAAGUACAGAAUUAAUAAAGUUGCAUUAAAAUUUUUAAUUUGAUAGAGAAUACAUUGCAAAAUAAAUUUAACAAAGAAAAAUUCAAAGGGUGUUGUGCAAAACUGUCAUUUAAAAUAACUCCACAAAACAUCCAGUUAGCUGACAUAUGAUACACAGAAAAAUCAUUCUUUAAGUGUCAAACUCUAAAUUCGCCACACACAGAAUCAAUAACAUUUCAUAAAUGGUAUUUUGCUACCUCAUUGCACAUUCAAAGCCAAUAGUGCUAAAGUUUCAGGCUUACUAGGAUUAGUAAUUUGGAAUGAUUGGUAUGGCAUAGUUUAGGCAGUACCAUACCUGUGUAGCCAAAUGGUUAUGAUAGUCUGGAUAGGGAAUAGGGUUCUUAGUGCAUAGGUAGAAAUGUCAAAAUCUGAAUUUAGAUUUCUAUACUGUAUAAUAAUAUCUCUCAUAAGUAAGGCAGAGGCUAAAGUACCAGUCAUGGCAAAAUAGACUGACAAGCUGUUUGGGGUUAUUUUGCCGUUCAGUCAUUUUGUAAUAAAAGUAAUGAUAUACAUUUAUAGUAUUUAUUGUAGUACGGUAUGCAAAUGAAAACAUUACUUAUGAUGAUAUGCACACUUGUAGUCCAAAUAAUGUUUUUGGUAUUUGCACACUUUAGUGUAAAUAACACUCUUGGUAUUUGCACAUUUUAGUUAAAAAUGUACAGCGACCACCAGGUGAUAAACAGUCCACUGAAGAAUACCCCCAGGUAUUGUCUGGGUGGUCAAACUUCAGGUGGUAUAUGGUUGGGAGGGACAAUCUUUACAUGACUACUGAGGUUCACUUCAACCUAAAGAAUACCCCGGGUAGCAUUGGGUCGAAUUUUCAGGUGAGUACCGAGAUCCAUGCACUUGUCUUUAUUUUACUUUAUUCUCUUCGCCAAAAAUCCUAAGCUGGACUGUAUGUGGAUUUUUGCAGUUGAAGAUCAAUUAUUCCUUAAUUUUGUUACUUUAAUUAGUACAAGGAUCAGGCGGAGAAUGGAUUUGAUGUAAAGUGUGCAAAUAUCGCGUGCAUUAGUUUCGCUAAAUUGUAAAAAUACUCACUUCAUAAAAAUAAUAAUAAUAAAUAAAUAAAAUAAAAGAACAAAUACUGAGUUGCCAUUUGGCAAUUUUCACUACACACGGGACGCAAGACAAAACAGCUCAGAGAUUCCCCCUUCCCUUCCAUCUUCCCCGUUGUGAGUGUUAACUCCUGCACACGUAAGAAAUGUUUAUUCCUUUUAUGUGUUUGACCUUACGAUAAUUAUUUUUUAAUUUUGUUUUUGCACAUUCUGUAUGAACGAUUGUGUGUGCAUGUACAGUAACAGUAAAAACAAAAUGAAGAAAUUACAUAUAUCUACCUGAAUUAUUACAUAAACAUUGGACCGGCAAAAUAACCCAAAACAGCCUGUCAGGCUACUUUGCGGUGACCAGUAAUUUAGUCGGUCAUGCUUUAUUACCAUGACAAUUAAUGUAGCCUAUUCACAUAAGUAAUAAGAUUAGUUGUAGAGGGCAAUCACAGAGGAAAAUACCUGUAGUUCUCUAUAAAGCCAAUACUUUAAUCAGGUGUUUGAUACUAGGUAGCUAAUUUGCAUAUGUUGAUACAUGAGUCAGAUUUAUUUUUAUACAUGUCUUGUCCUUAUUACUUGAAGUAUAGAAGUAACACGAUCACUUACUAUAAUGAUGAUUGUCCAUUCUCUUGUCCCACUUUAGAAGAAAUAAAAUGUCAGAGCAA